AUGUCUCCGCCACCGCCGCCCUCACUAAGCAAACCCAAUCCAAAUUCACUCUCCGAUUUCAUCUUUUCUGCUUUCUCCCUCUUCGUAUUCUACUCAUCUUCUUCCCCCAAACCCACCACCAAUUUGAACACACGUCGUCGUUUCUUCAAAUUCCCAAUCAUGCCUUUGACCACCACCAAGACACCCGUCAUCAACCACAACCACCACCACUUUGCCUCCCCACAAUCCCUCUCCGAGUGGCUCCGCCCUCGUCUCCCCUCCGAUUCUUUCGCCGCGUGGGGUACCAGACCCGGCACAAAGAACGUUCAUAAUCUCUGGCUUGAGCUAUCCGAGGGCGAAACCUCUCUCGCUGACUCCACUCCGCCUGUUCGUACAGUCGAAGUUGUGGUGGUUCGCGUUAGGGAUCAUCAAAACCGAAUCUUGAUCGAAUCCCAUCAACAGCUGUCAAACGGCGACGUUCGUAACAGGUCCAGGCCACUGUCCGAAAAAAUGAAGCCUGGUGAAACGGUGGAAGCGGCUGUUGUUAGAGCUGUGAAGGAAGAACUUGGCUCCAUCAUUAGGGUUUCCUGUAGCCAUGUUAGCGACGAUGACAUUGUGAAAAUUAUACCCAAUUCAUAUUCGAGUAAAGUGGAGGAAAGGUUAUCUGUCUCCUACCCCGGAUUACCAGCUUGUUAUGUUUUACAUACAGUAGAUGCUUUUGUUGAUGGUUUACCAGAUUGCGAAUUCUGUACUGAAGAGGAGGAAGAAUAUCAUAAUCUGGAUGAAAAUCAAGAGGCUGAAAGAGCUAUUUCUUGUAAGAAGCAUUACUGGAAAUGGGUUGAUUCUUACACUCUUUCAUCUUGA